AUGAUGGACACUCACGCAGAAGAUUCUGUUAGAUCCGAGGAGCAUUUGCCUGAUGAGGAUCAUCAUACCGAAGAUGGAAGCAAUGGAAAUCUUCUAUUGGAAAAUGGAUUGUCUGAUGGCAAUCAAGGUCCUGCUGAGACUCACGAUCAGCUUCUACAAAUGGUUAUGGACCUCAGGUUUCAGAAUGACUACUUGAAGUCCCAGUUUGAGGGAUUUAAAAAUGUAAACAGUGUAAAUAGUGAUUCUAGCAUACAGAAAGGAGUUGGUGGAUUGGAAGAUGCGGAUUCUGACUUUGUUAAAGAACUAAAGGAAAAGAUACAAGUAUUAAAUAAAGAAUUUCUGGAAGAAAAACAAACAAGAAUUGCAUCAGAGGAGGCUUUGAAGCAUCUUCAAAUGGCAUACUCAGAGGCAGAAGCAAAGGGUCAAGAGCUCUCUGAAAAGCUUGCAGAAGCUCAAACAAAGUUGGACCAAGAAAUAAAAGAGCGCGAUGAAAAGUACUCUGAACUUGACUCCAAGUUUAACAGGCUUCACAAGCGAGCAAAACAGCGCAUUCAAGAAAUUCAAAAGGAAAAAGAUGAUCUUGAAGCCCGUUUCUCUGAGGUAAAUGAAAUUGCCGAGCGAGCAUCAUCUCAACAGUCAGCAAUGCAACAAGAAUUAGAGCGGACUAGGAAGCAAGCAAAUGAGGCAUUGAAAGCCAUGGAUGGUGAUAGACAACAACUAAGAAGUGCAAACAACAAUCUUCGAGAUACCAUUGAAGAUUUAAGGCGUUCAUUGCAACCUAAAGAGAGUGCUCUUGAGGUAUUGCAACAGUCACUUGCAGAAAAGGAACAGAUGUUGGAAGAUAUGAGAGGGUUGCUUCAGGCUGCUGAAGAAAAGAGGCAAGCUUCACUGGUUGAGGUCUCAGCUAAACAUCAAAAGAAUAUAGAGAGUUUGGAGGCUCAACUUAAUGAUGCAUUUUCAGACAGAAAUAAGGCAACUGAAUCCAUUGCUUCACUGCAGGUUCUAGUUGCAGAAAAAGAAUCCAGAAUUGCAGAGAUGGAAGCAGCAUCAACUGGGGAAGCAGCACGACUCAGAGCAGCUGUGGAAAGUGUGAAAGGAGAGCUGUCUCACCUAAAAGAGGAGCAUGAAAAAGAAAGGGCAAGCUGGGAGACUGCUUCGCAGGCACUUAAAGCAAAACUCGACAUUGCAGAGAGCAACUGCAUACGUGCAGAAGUUGAAGUAGCCAAAAUAAGAAGUCAGCUGGAAUCAGAGGUAUCCGCAAAAACAAGGAUCCUUAAUAUGAGAGAUGUGGAAUUGUCGGCUGCCAAGAAAGAGAUCAGCUCUCUAGAGAAGGAGUUUUCUUCAUACAAAGUUCGAGCACAUGCACUUCUUCAAAAGAAGGAUGCUGAACUGGCUGCUGCUAAAGAUUCUGAACAACUCAAAGCUCUAGAGGAAACUCUGAAAGAGGUUGAAAAUGAAGUAUUAUCAAUAACAGAAGAAAGGGAUAAAGUUCUUCAAGAUCUUCAAUCUGCCAUGGCCAAUCAUGAGAAAGAACUUGCAGAAAGAGACACAGCCCUUGCAAAUGUCAAGCAACAGAUAAGGAGCUUAGAAAUAAAGCUUGACUCAGUUAAUGCUCAGCACCUAAGAGAGAAAGAGGAAUGGGGACUAAGUCUUCAAAAUGUAGAAGAAACAUGGAGAAUCAAAUUCGAGGCAAUGAAGGCUGAAAAUGAAGCAAUUGCUACAAAAGAUAAGCAAAAGGAAUUGGAAGAGCUCAAACAGCAAUGUAAAAAACUGAAGGAUGAGCAUGCUUCAUUUCAGAAUCUUGCUGAUAGAAUGAUUGAGGAGAAAGACUAUGAAAUAUCCAGACUUUUAGAUGAAAAUAAGAAUCUUCGGCAGUCUAUUCAAUCAAGACCAUCAGUCGAUCAAAAUGAUAAUUAUACAACAGCCUUGCAUAAAUCGGAUUCAACAAAUUUGAGCCCCUCAGCUGCAGAACAGCAAAUUUUGCUUUUGGCUAGACAACAAGCACAGAGAGAGGAAGAGCUAGCACAGUCUCAACGCCAUAUUUUAGCUCUUCAAGAAGAAAUUGAGGAGCUUGAACGCGAGAAUCGUCUCCAUAGCCAACAGGAGACAAUGUUAAAGACUGAACUUCGCAACAUGGAAAGAUCAAAGAAAAGGGAAGGAGUAGAUAUGACGUAUUUGAAGAAUGUUAUCUUAAAACUGCUCGAGACCGGUGAAGUUGAGGUAUUGCUACCAGUUAUUGGAAUGCUGCUUCAAUUUAGUCCAGAAGAGAUGCAGAAGUGCCAACAGGCAUAUCGCAACUCAACAGAAGUUCCACCAACUCCUGGAAGUGAUACUUCAGGAUCUGGCCUAUCACUUUUCUCAAGAUUCACAUUUUCUUAA